UACACUCCUUCCUCUCCUGCUUUCUUCUUCGGGCCACUCGCAUCUUCGACCAAAAAGGAAGACAAGCAUGACUACCCGGCUACCCCUAUCUUCCUUCUAAUUCACAUUGCUAUCUUCUCAACCAUGGCACAUGGAGACAGAUUUUAUUCUCCACGGACGACGAUGUCUAGUCUAUAAGCGACGGAAAAUCCAGAUCAGGGCGGAGGUGGUGCGACGGCUAGGGUUUCAAGGUGUGGCGGCGGUUAGGGUUAUAGAAGCGAGGCAGGCGGCGACUAAAGUUACAGGGUGGGCGGUGACUAAAGUUACAGGGUGCGGCGGCGUGCAAGGGUCGGGCUAUGCCGACUGGCGAUGGUGGGAUAGGGGAGAGGUUGGGCUAGAAUUUAGUGCAGUGGGGGAAGGGGCUAUGCUGGUGAUGAGGCUGAGGAAGGGAGCUGGGCGGCCGCACCUCACUGGAACACCGGUGGUGGUCACUAGCCGGCGACAGGCGGUGUUGACUGGCCGGCGACCGGCGGUGGUCACUGGCCGACGUCCAGCGGUGGUUAGCGGCCUGACAUGUAAUUGUAACUGGUUAGAGGAAUAACUGUAACUGGUCGAACGAGUAAAUGUAACUGGCGGAGCGUCACUGUAAUUAGUCUUACGAUUAAUGUUAACUAAUUGAACGUGUAACACUAAUUAGUCAUAAUUGUAAAUCAACCGAACGUACAGUAAAUGAGCAAAAAUUGUCAAAAAGAAAAACGGUAAAGGAGCAUAAAUUUUCAAAAAACAAAAAAGAAAAGAGUAAAGGAGCAUAAAUUAAAAAAG